AUGUCUACAGGUUUGGUGUCACUGGCUUUUGCUGGUUCUAUUGGUAUGACAUUUGUCAUACUAGCCUGUGCCUUACCACAGUAUAAGUAUUGGUGGCCGUUCUUUGUGGUUCUGUUCUAUGUGCUAUGUCCCAUACCAACAAUGAUAGCGAGACGUCACACGGACACAGCCGGUGGUACAAACUCACCAUGUAUGGAAACAGCUAUCUUUAUAACCAUGGGAAUCCUUGUCAGUUCAUUUGCCCUGCCGAUAGUGCUGGCUAGAACUGGUGCAAUCAUGUGGGGUGCUUGUUAUCUGACAUUGGCCGGCAACGUCAUUGUUUAUCUGACUAUUUUAGGUUUCUUCACAAUCUUUGAUAUGGAUGAUUCGGACUAUGCUAUGUGGUGA